GUAACACCGGUUAAUCGUUGCAGUCACAUGAUCAAUGUUAGUCCUCGCUUAUAUAAAUGGAAUUACUCUGUCUCUGCCCUGCCAGGAUGUAAACAAACCUUUGAUAAUCGCAUUCAAUGAUUUAGCUUCUGAAAAAUCUAGUUAAAAUAGAGAUCUAGAUCUAUUGAGUCUAGUCUUGAUCUAAAGUCGAUCUAGAGCUUGGAGUCCUAGAGAAUAAAAUAAUUCGAUAGAAAAGUAUGCCUUCAUUGGAGGAAUUAAUAGAUCAAGCCCACAAAACAGCCGAUUUAUUAAAAGAAUAUCAAAAAGAUUCUGUAGGAUGGCAUACUGCUAAAAAACAUAAAGACAUAAUUGUAGAAUAUAAGCACUCUAAAUGUCAUGGAUUUGAGCAUGGCUAUUUAUACAGAGGUCAAGCUGAAUAUAAUUGUUCUAAAGAAAUCCUGUUUAAAUACUUAGACCCAUUACAUGAUCCCUGUCUGAGAACAAAAUGGGACAAAGAUAUCAGAAAAAUUGUUCUUCUCAAGCAAGUAAAUCCAGAAAUAACAAUCAUUCGCUCCCUUACCAACAGUGCUGCCAUGGGAUUAAUUUCACCUCGUGACUUUAUAGAUAUCAUUCUGACUUUGAAAUCAGAUGACUGUAUUUCAACCAAUGGUCGCAGUAUUGAGUAUGAGGAGUGUCCUCAUGACAAGGACUAUGUCAGAGGCUGGAACUACCCUUGUGGCAUGAUGUGCAUUAGCAUUCCAGAAAAACCUGGGUGUACCAAAUUAAUGACAUUUAUACAACCUGAUAUAAAAGGUAGCAUUCCUAAGACAUUGGUGGAUUCAGCAUUGCCUGCAUCUAUGGUUGGAUUUUUUCACAAUCUGCAUACAAUACUCAAAAAGGAUGGCCAUAUAAAAUAAUAUUUAUUAGUUAACAAACCUUUUGCUUUUAUUUAUAUUUACCAGUGUUGUUGUUGUUGUUGUUUUCUACUAUCUGUUUUACCUAAACAUAACAAUAGCCAAUGAGAUGAUACAGAAGUGAAGUAUUGUAUCAUACAUGUUUUCCUGAAAUAAUUGUCAUUACUUUCCAAAUUGUGUAAACAAAUGUAAAAGUUGCUAUUAAAUAAAAUUAAGUGUUAAAUAACAUUAUAUCUUUGCAACAGUUUUUUAGAAAAAAUUAGAAUGAAACUAAAUAACUAUUUCUAAAAUAUAAUUUAAUAGCACAUGAAAACACAUUUUAAGAUAAUUUCUUACACAUUUCAUUUUAAAAGUUAAUCACAGCAAAUAUAAAGAUUAAACUAUUUUUUUUUACAUUAUCUUACAUAUAUCUAAAAAAAAAUGUUUUCCUUUCACAUACUGAGCCAUUGACCUAGUUUGUUUUGAGGGGGAAAAAGUUUCUAUUUAUUGAGAACAAUUUAAUAUCUGUGCUUUGUAUUAUUUUAAAUUUUAUAAUAUUUUACUAUAUGUAAUAUGUCAAUUUGUCAAGCAAUGUGAUCACAUUUUUUAAAAUUUUUUAUUAAAAUUAAUCCAUUUUAUUUCAUUCAGAAGUUUAAAUAGACUUUUUCUUUUUUCUGUUUUAACAAAAGCAACCUUUUUUUUUGGUCAAAUCUAUAAAUGACAUGUAUUUUAAAAUAGAUUGUAAAGAUUUAUAUAAAAUCAAAUCUUCUUUUUGGUAAUAUUUUUAUACUAUCUUAAGGUAAACGAGAUCAGGUUUUAUAAACUGUACAUGGUCUCUUAUCACAUUAUUUACCUGUACAGAGAUAUCUGACCUAGUUUAAGCAACAUAGAACAAAUUAACACCGGUUUCUAAAAGCAAAUUAAACAGAAAAUCAAUACAAUGGUUAUUGUUUUCUUUAAUGCAGCCAGCAUGACUGCACUGAUUGAUUUUAGUCCCUGUGGCAAAGUAAUAGAUUGUUUGCUAAAUGUGGGAUUGUACCAAUUAAACUUUCACAUUUCUUUUCUCCUUUUUGUCACAAGUGUGAUAUGAAAGAAGAACAUUUACAAGUUCAAUACAGAGUACCUUUUUUUCUGCCACAGUUUUUGCUGGUAUGGUCACUUCAUUUUAAAGUUUUUGUAAUUACAUUAGCUACAUAUUAAUGUUGUAUAGCAUGUUAUAGUUUAAAUGCAUCUACAAUUGUGAUGAUGAUUUGCAAACAAACCUAGCAGCUCAAACAUGAUUUUUAAUAUCUCUAUGAGAGAUGAAAUACUUUCACAUAAUUAUAUACAAACAUCAAGUUGUUAUUCUUAUUGUACACUGUCUAUUUAUUGCCUAGAAUGUACUCUAGGUGUAAAACCAAUAUACUUUAUUUUUGGAUUGUUUUGAGAAGAAAAUGUAUGGAGCAAUGCAAAUGUUGUUAAUAUUUUUUUAAAAUAAAAUACAUUCCUGUUGGAGGGGGGGGGGUGUUGUCUCACAAUUCAUUCUUUUUUUAAAUAACUUUUUCAAUUAAAGGUAACAUUUUUUAAUUUUCUGAACUUUGUUAGUCAAUCAAAUAUCUGUAAUUGUAUUUGAUGUGAUGAUGUCUCUGUAUGUGGAUUAGAAGUCUAGAUUAACUCUUUCUCUCUUAAUCGACAAUACCAUCGUUGAUUCCACCUCAUUAAAUUAAAUAAAUUUUUAAUUUUAUAAACUUGACUUUGUGUUAUAUAAAAAGAGCAUGCAUUUCCCUUUAAUUCUAUAUCAAAUACAACAUUUUCUAAUAACAAACAACAAAGCUUUUGAAGCUUAAUCAUAGCAGGGUAGUGAAAUAGUAAUGAGAAGAAUGAAACAUGGAAAAAUAAUAAUGAAGAGAAAGAGUUAAUGAACAGUAUUCAAAUGAUUUUCAAGUUGCAAAAAUAAAAAGCAUGUCAAACACUUGUCUUUAAUUGAUAUCCCAUCUGUCUGACAUUUAUGCAAUGCUCUGGACAUUUGGUUAACAUUGCAACUUUUCUUUUAAACAAAUCAUAAAUUGUGUUUAAAUAAGAUUUAUUAUCCUUUUUUUUAGUUGACAACUGAGCUAAAAUGUAACAUAUCAUAUAGCUUUUCCACUUUAUUUUAUUAUUUUUUUUUUUAUAGACCUUUUGAUGAAUUUCUUGGAUCCAAAUUUUAUUUUUUCUUGUGAUACUUGACCUUAUGGCAAAAACUUUCUUUGAAUAAGGAGGACAAAGUUGUUGUUUUUUUAGUUUUUGUUUAGCUUAUUACAUAAAACAUUUUGUUUUUGUGACUAUAUCUUUAAAAAAUUAUUUGAUAGAAAUUAUACAAAGUUUAUUAUGCAUGCACAUUUUUUACGUGAUCUAAAAUAUUUUUAAUCAAAAUUUUCCCUAUACAUUAAAUUUUUCAAAGAAAGAUAAACUUCUUUUUACGUUGUGAGUUGUAUAAUUUUAUUGUGCAACAAUUUAUAUUAAAACGAUAUAGUUAAUGUUAUUGUUUCUGUGUAGUUGUUUUAAUCAUCCUGUUGGUUUACAUUAUCAAGUGGAUAAUGUUAUACUUUAUUUUAUGUUAAUUGGUGAAUCAUAAUCAUAUACAUUUUUUUUUUUUAAUUGAAGUCCCACAAAGUCGAAUAUUUUGUUUGAUUCAUUAAUAUGUUUUAUUGUGUUGUAUUCAUUUAAAAAAAAACAGAACCAAACAAUGUUUACCUUUUUCAUUACAGCAUUUUGAAAUCCAUUAUUUGUUCUAUGGCCACAUUAAUGAUGUGGAUAGUAUUUGGAUUAUUGAAACUUUGCUCUCCUAUAUCAGCUUUUCUUUUGGUAUGCCAACUUGUUAUACAUUGAUGUCUUGUUUAAUUGAGUUGUUUCAAAAGAUAAUGAAAUGUAUUUACUUGUUGCCACCCUGCCUUCAACAGAAACAUUGGAAGUUCUUUUUUUUUUCUUCUAUUAACCAAGACGAGCUUAAAAGGUAUUUUUAUUAUCAUCACUUAUGAAACUAUAAUAGAUGUCUUGAGUUCUGUUGAAGCCUAUGCAGUUGAAUGAUUCUAGAUCUACUUCUUCAGAUUUUUUAGACUGAAAUCAUCAAUUCUUUUUAUAUUUAUGUUGAAACCAGUAAACACAAUUUUUUUUAAUGAUCAAAAGUAUUACAUUUAUACUCACUAUGUGCUUGAGAUUAUUUUUUGACUCUGUACCAGUAUUCUGUAAACCUGUAUAGGAUACAUAUGUGUUGUCUGAGUAGAAUUAUUGUACUGUUAUCCAUUUCAAAUCUGGUGAGGAUAAUGAAUUUUAUUGAGUUCUUGAUUUUGUUGAAUAAAAUAAAGGAGACUUGGUGGCUUUUCUGGUUGCAUGUCUCCAUUGUCAUUUGGUGUUCACUCAAACAAGUGAUUUGUACAUACUUUGACACAUGGACUGUUUGGUCUCAAAUGGAACUUACAAACCUGUUAUAACAGUUUAAAUGUGUUUAUCUAAUGGGGUAAUUAUUAUAACUCCUCAUUAAUUAGUUGCCUAUGCCUUUUGUUUUCAGAGGCAUAAUCAUUUACAUAUCAAUAUGCAUGUAGUAUAUGUUGAUAGUCUUUAUAGCCUUGUAGUAUUUAGUAUUAGUAGGAACAAAUAAAUUGAUAGAUAGCCUUCCA